AUGUUGAUCGCAAACAUGGCCAUGUCCGACCUGCUCUUUCCAAUAUUCCUGUUCCCCCUUCGACUUGCAGAGUUUCGCGUUGGCUCGUGGAUUAUUGGUGGUGCCCUUGGCCAAGCUUUAUGCAAGCUACACAUCUUUCUUGCGAAUGUUUCUGGGGUAGUAUCGAUUCAGAGCCUGGUUCUGAUAGCAGUGGAUCGAUUUGGAGCUGUUGUAGUUCCACUCCGCUCUCCUCUCAUAACUAGAAAGCUGUGUCCAUUCUUUAUUAUCGCUACGUGGAUCACCGCAAUGGCCGUUUUUUCGCCACUUCUUGUUGCAUAUAAACUUGUUAAAUACCGAGAACGACUGAUGUGCGUACGUCUGUGGAUGGAAUUCUUUGGAGGAAGCACGUUUGCAAAUUACUUCCUAGCAGUUGCUGUCGUGUUUCUCUUCAUCCCCUUUGUCCUCGUGGUGAUAUUUUACUCUAUCAUCUUGAUGAAGCUUAAAAUGCAAGCCCAUCCAGGUGAACAGUCAGCCAACGCUGAAGAAAAGCGCACCAGAAGAAACAGAAACGUGCUUAAGAUGGCUACAGCCAUCAUUGUAGGGUUUUUCAUUUUCUGGAUACCCUAUUUCAGUAGCGCGGUGAUAGUUAAUUUUAGUGCACCGGACAGUUCCAUCUCGUUUUCCUGUAGUUUUUAUCUGUUCUACAUUGUCACCAAUUACAUGAUUUACGCAAACUGUGCUAUCAACCCGAUCAUCUGCCUCACUUUUAGCAGUAAUUAUCUCCAAGCACUUAAGAGACUCGUGAAUUGCUGUGAUGUGAUACAGUGCAAGAUUAACUUUUGCAAACUAACAGCUGGGUCUUAAGCGUUUCGUGCCAAAAAAAAAAAAAAAAAAAAAAAUAAUAAUAAUAAUAAUAAUAAUAAUUAAUAAUAAUAGUAAUGAGGAUUAAAAAUUUCACCAUAAAAUAAUGACGAAGAUGAUGACGAUGAUUAUAAUUGUUAUUAUCUUAAUGUAAAUUAAGGCUUAAAACACCCCUUCAAAAACCGUGAACGAACAACGUUGUUCAACGUUGGAUCCAACAAGAUCGUUAAAUCAGUCCAAAAAGAUAAAAAUAGAAUUAAAUUUAAAAAGACUACUGCAAAGACUGAUCAAACAACGUGAAAAAGGCUAAGGUAUACAAUAUUUCGACUGGCCAAUACCAGUCUUCAUCAGGUUUAUUACGAAAAAAAAAACAGAAAUAUACAGAAUAUAUGUUGCUGUAAAAUAAUUAACGGAAGUUACAUGGUAUGGCGUGCUAAGGUGUACGGAUGGCUAACUCUUGGAUUACUGUUUUAAAAAAUGAAAGCUUAAAUAAUGACCUUACGAUUAGUCUACCGGUAGCAUUUAAGUCUGUCAUUUGUUGUUUGAUCAGUUUGAAGUAGUCAUUUUUACUUUAAUUCUUAACCAAGAUACUAAUAAUAACUAGAGGUUCAAUGUUCAAUCUCACUAACAUAUUAUCCGUAUUUUUUUUUAAAUAAUCGCUGUAUAAUGAAAGAUUGAAUAUUAAAUGCAGACUCCAAUAUCAGUUUGGAUUGUUAUUGACACAAUCAGGACAUUUUUAAAAAACUUUCAGAAAGUAUCUUCGAUUAAGUGAAUUGUCACUGAAUUGUACACAUUCGUUUCUGUUGAAUUCAUUCUUUUACUUCAUGAGAUCAAUACAAAUAAGUAUUUGAAAUGAACAGGAAAACCUAAAUUCCGUUUGCGCAAACUCGGUAAGCAAAUCGCUUGGUUUAUUUGCCUCUUUGCCAGGGCAUAUUAUGACCUCAAUUGUAAAAAUUCAGCUUGCUCGUCUCGUUGCUCUAUUGACCUCGUUUAAUAGAAAAAGCAGUAAACUACAACAGGACGGUUAUCCACUGAAAACGAUUCGGCUGAGAUGAUUGUUUAUGGACGCUUUGAACUCAUUGCCUCCUCUUGAGAAGAUUUUAUCGAUUGUGUUCCUGAUCCACAACGAUCCGCAGCUGAUAACUCGUUGGGCUCAUGGAACGGCAGUGCUGCAAAAAAUGAAAGAACAUUGUCUGUCCCUCGAAUCCUCACUUAAACUUUCGCUACCUUUCAAAAAUAGUUAACUUAACAACUGACAUGAGAUGCAAAUGAGUAACUUACCGGCUGAGUUGCAGAAAAUAUCAAACUGCCCCUCGCACUCGCGUGCGACUCUCCAAUUCAACCUCAUGCAUGCCAACCUCAUACGCAACAUUAACCACUGUCUAAACAUUUCACUUUGCUGCAUUGGGUGCUACGCGGCGGGGACUGGGAACUGGUAAAACAGCGAAACAAACUUGCAAACUUCUAAACAAACUUCCCCACAAAUGGCGUUCUCAGACGCCUUCAAGACAAAAAUAGGUAGCUGCCCUGUGCGGGCAGCAAUAAUUACUAUCUUGUUUACUUUUGCGUCUAAAAAUCUGGGUAAGUUGUGAACCAAGCUGCUUAAAGAACAGGUUCCAUUUUUUUGUUGAUAAAAAGUUGUGCAAAUUUAACAGUAGUGUUUCUAAAUGAUCGUAGAAUUGACUGAAAUAUGACAAUAAAAGAGCUUCAAUACGCAAGUAAAGAGAAAAAGAGUGUCGGACAAAAAUUCAAAUGAAACACCAUACAGAAACGAGCUCAUUGACAAUUGUCGAUUGUGACAAUGCAAAUAAGUGAAAAGUGACGUAGAGAGAGUGUCAAUCAAGAAAUCCCCAGGGUAUUGUUGGUUUUCACAUGAGGUCACUAAAAUUCAAAUUAAAAAACUAUUGAUCCUAGCGAUGCAUUAGAGCAGCUGAAAACUAAUUUUCAUACAAAUUUUCGCUUCAAAAGGGUUCUUGGUUUUGUAAUAGAGUACGCUUGAAUUUCUAAGCUUUUGCGUGACGCAGCAUUUACAUGACGUCCAAGAGAGCUGUCGUGUACAUGUGGUUUAAAAAAAAAAAAGAAAAGACUUAUUUCAGGAAAUUUUGCUAUAUAAACAGUUCAUGUAUUACUUUAAUGUUUAUGAGUUUCUCGAAGAAUAAAUUCACGCUUUUGUAGCAAUUCGGUCGAACGAAUUAGCUUGUAACCCAUUUGUUUUUAAACGCUCUAAAGUUAGAUCAUUGUUGUUGAUUUUGCCAAUGAUGUUUCAACAGGCUGAUUUCAACCGAUUUUUAAACUUUUACAAACUUUUAUGUUGUUCGAGUCGUACUUCAGUUGGAUAAUGCUUUUGCAUAAACAUUUCUGAGCAACAUUUUUUAUUUUUUUGCAGCUUUUGUUGAUAAAUCCAGAAGCAGGAAAAAUUGGACUAGCAGUUGCAGUUUGAUCCUUGCUGUUUCACUAAUUGGAAAUCUCCUCAUCGUAUAUUACUUGUUUACAAAACACCAAAAUUUAAGGCCUGUUUCAAACGGUCGCACUACUGCCGUGCUAAGCUCAGGCUCGACUGUAGCUGCGGCUGCAGCAUGAAACUUGCACCACUUGGAUUCAGACGACGAAUUUAAUUCAGUUGAAUAGAACGGCUGCUCCUGGAAACAAAAGACAAAAAUAAAGAAACGAUUUGGCAAACUUUUAAAUGUAUUCUAAUGUAUUCAUACUGAUUUAUGAAUUGAGUUCGGCACGGCAGUAGCACGACUUGGUUUCAAACGUCGCGCUACUGCUGUGCUAAAGUCGAAUUUAAUUCGAUCAAUAUAGUUGGGCACGGCAGUAGCACGACUUCUAAAAGGGGCCUAUGAAAACCGAUUAAUCUGUUGAUCGCAAACAAAGAACUCUCAGUUGUCGUAAUGUUGUAAAAAGAAAGCUUUAAGCGAGGUGUAUGUACGUUUUCUAGUAUUCGCCUUUUUAAACGCGAAGCCAGCUAAGAAAUCAAGAACAUGAGUUUAGAAGGAUCAAACUACUUGAAUAAUUUACAUGUUUCAUUGUGCUAUGCGGCUUUUGAUUAUUAGUGUGGUUUAAAAUUCCGAUUGAAUUAAAUCAGGGUGGCUUUAUGAUUAAUGAUGGCGUGCAAUUUGCGGUUGUUUGUUCAUUCUUCGAAAUUCAUCCUUGCCAAAAAGAAAGUACAUAAUACUUUAAAAUCUCUGAUAUACAUGUAGAUCAACUCAUUCUUGCACUACUAUUUAGAUUUGGGGAUGUUUUGGUGUAAAAAAUUUAGCCGUAUCCGUGUCAUAAACAGAUAUAAAGACAUUCAUUAAACAUAAAUUUUAUUUUUUUAUUAUUAUUAGUGACUUCUUUUUUUGAAUGAAUCAUUGUCACUCAGCCUUGUAUGCAAUAUUUGUACCAACUUUACUUUAGGUAACAUUUGAGAGAGCUUAAGCGGGCUUUGUCAUGAGGAUGUUGCAAUAUUGCUGCUUUACGUCAAUUCUAUGCUUACGUCAUCAGGAGGGUCAGGCAGGCCCUGACCCUCAAGUAGUUGAAAUCAUUUUUGUUUAUUGUCUGACUACAAUUGGAAAAACAAAAAGAGUUUUUUUUUGACAUGAUAUCUCGGCAACAUUACAGAGACAUACUUAGUCAUUUAAUGCAAAUUCAGUAAAUAUGCAUCGUAAUAAGCCUCUUUAACCUGCAUGUUUUGUUUUCCCAGUGGAGGUCCGAGGAGAACUUGACCCUUUGUUUGUUUCUUUAUUUUUUUCAUAAAUGAUGUGUACAUAUGCAGGUGAAUAAGACGAAAUUUGAAAGGAACUUAUUGCUCUCUUGAGUACUAUCACCCAGUGUAUUGGAAAAACAAAAUAUACGAGCUAAAGAAGUCUAUUAUCGACACUUAUCGACGCUUAGGAGUAUUUAUUCAACGUUUUGAUAUAUAUGUACCUUGGUCAGUCAGUUGUUUCAGAAGAAAUACUAAAGCUUUAAUUGACUUACAUAAUAAUUUGCCUCUGUUUGCUGAUCAAUAACAGGAUACAAAGUUAUUAGGUAAAACCUCUGCAGGUGGCAGUAUUUGCUUACAAUUAAAUACAGUGACGCCGAAGUGUUGUCGAUGGUUCAAUAUUAAGCAUGUACAAUAUAUAAAACCAUUAUUUGAACAGUAGAUGUUUUUCAGUGGAAGCAAUUCUCAAGAGAACACAAUUGUCGAGAAGUCAGUAAGCAUGAACUCAACAGUAAAUGGUCAGGUUUCUGGAGCUGCUCCAGUCUUAUAAAUCCAGAGGCACUAAAAAUUGAACUAACAGUUGCUUACAGUUUUAUCCUUGUUGUUUCGUUGGUUGGAAAUUUUCUCAUCGUAUUAAUUGUUUACAAAACACCAACUUUAAGAAAACCGAUAAAUAUGUUGAUCGCAAAUAUGGCCAUAUCCGACCUGCUCUUUCCAAUAAUCUUGUUCCCGGUUCGACUGGUGGAUGUGCAAGUUGGCUCGUGGCUUAUCGGUGGUAACCUUGGUCAGGCCUUGUGCAAGCUACAUUUUUUCGGUACAUACAUUUCCUCGUUAGUAUCUGUUCAGAGUCUGGUUCUGAUAACAGUGGAUCGAUUUGGAGCUGUUGUAGUUCCACUUCGUUCCCCCCUCAUAACUAGCAAGCAGUGUCCAUUCUUCAUUGUCGCUACGUGGAUAAUCGCAAUGGCCGUUCAUUCGCCAUAUCUUGCUGUUUCUAAACUUGUUGAAUACCCUGGAGGAAUGAGGUGCACAAGUCAGUGGAGAGAAACCUUAGGAGCAAACGCCAAUAUAAAUUUUGUCUUAGUAGUUGCUAUCGUGUUUUUCUACACCCCCUUUGUCUUGUUGGCGAUACUUUACUCCGUCAUCCUGAUCAAGCUUAAAAGGCAAGCCCAUCCAGGUGAGGCAUCAGCCAACGCUGAGGAACAGCGGACAAGAAGAAUCAGAAACGUACUGAAGAUGGCUAUUGCUAAUUAUGUAGUGUCAUUUGCUGGAUACCAUUGUCCAGUAAGGGGAUGA